UCAGGGAGGAGAGUGCAAAGGGAAAGCUCUUCAUAUCGCUCUCAGAGACAGACGUUGCCGUUUUACUUAACUGCUGUAAAUUGGAUCACUUUGUCAAGGGAGAUUCUGGACUCUUUGCGGUGGCUGCAGCCUAUGGUGUGACCAUGUCCCUUCCCCAGCUGGCAUAUCAGUAUAUAGGACCACCGUGCUCUUCCGAGCGCCACGGCGUAGUAAACGGCCGAGCUGGAGCGGAGUUUAGUCCGUCCGGCACCCUGUCCAAUGUGUUAUCCACGAUGUACGGAGCACCUUUCGCGGCCACACAAGGAUACGGCGCUUUUCUUCCGUAUUCAUCAGACAUUGCUCUUUUAAAUCAGCUGGGCGCUCAUUAUGAACUCAAGGAAGCUCCUGGCAUGCAACACCCCGGACUUUCUCAUCACCCAUCGCCGUUCUACCCAUACGGCCAGUGUCAGUUUGGCGAUCCGAACAGACCCAAAAAUGCCACGCGGGAGAGCACCAGUACACUGAAGGCCUGGUUGAGUGAACACAGAAAGAAUCCGUACCCAACAAAAGGCGAAAAAAUUAUGCUGGCCAUUAUCACUAAAAUGACUCUCACUCAAGUGUCUACCUGGUUUGCCAACGCCAGAAGGAGACUCAAGAAGGAGAAUAAAAUGACCUGGGUUCCAAAGAGUAGAACCGAUGAGGAGGAGAAUGGAUAUGCAAGCGAUAACGACGGUGAAGGAGAUAAAGAGGACGACGAGGAAAUUGACUUGGAAAAUAUUGACACAGAGAAAGUAGAAAAUAAGGACGAUUCAGAUUAUCAGGAGGAUGUCCAUUCUGAAAGGAAACUUGCUGAUAAAAGCGAUUCUGAGUUAUCCGACGCUAAUGAGGAUAUACCCAGACAUGACGCAAGAUUCAUUGACCAUCCGAUGAAAGAGAGCAAAAAUAUUUGCAUGGUCGCGGACAAGCAAGAGAGCAAUCGUGUGGCUCAGCCCAAUGUUACUCAGUCCAGCGAUAAAAGUAAAGCUAACAAUGAACCACUUCACACUAACCCCAAUCCUCCACAAAAACCAAAGAUUUGGUCUUUGGCUGAAACUGCAACCAUGCCGGACAACCCUCGAAAGUCUCCACAUCUGAACAGGACAUCUGCACUUGUUACCCACCCGGUCCUAGCUCCACAGAAACCCCUCUCCUGUGCAGUCGCGAAACUUCCAAACUGGACAAAACUGGCGUUUUCAUCGCAUCACAUUGCUUUAAACGACCACUAUCUUGAACUUGCAAAACAGGUUUCUUUGAAUAAAAACCUCUUAUUCAGACAUAGAGACGAAAAGGAUCACAGUUAGAUUUCCCACUGGAUUGAUGGACUGUUUUGAAUGUGUAUGAAUGCUUCACUGCUCAAUGAGUUCUUAAGUAAAAUAAUGGGAUUCAAUGGGAUUUUGAUUAAUUUAUUUUUUAUUGUUUAUUUUUUAUUAUUAUUUCAGUAGCAUACCAUUUGUGGAAAAUGAAUGAGCAAAGCAUUUUAUGAAGCGAUUGAAAUGGGAAAAGAUGAGUUAUGUCAAAUGUUUAUUUACCCAUCGAGUCUGUGUGGUGUAACCGACUUCCAUAUUUUAAAACCACUUUUUCACACAAAUAACACUGUUCUAUUCUGUGGGGGCCUGACUUGUCAAUACAAAAUGAUGAGAGAUUGCACCCUGAAAUUAAAGGUAUUACCGUUAUAUUAUAGGCCAUCCCCAAACAACAUUGUGCCUUUGAAAAUAUCAAACUUAAAUGUGUAGCCUAAAUGAAAAAUCCUGCAUACGCGUUUGCUAUUUUUUUGUUGAUAUUCUAUUGCAGAAUUUUUAGAUGGAUUUUUUCCUGAUUUAAUCAAGAAGGUUAGUACUCGGUAGACUAAUCGUUGUUAGGCCUACCUCAGAGAUUCCGAAAAAAAGCUAAUCUUGAAAUUGCAAGCAUGCCCGGCGGGCAACAACAAAUUAAAUGUUUUUUAAUAUGAUGUGUCUUGAGCCUACACAAUAUGUAAAUUCAUGUUUAAAUGGGUUUGUUCAUAGGCAAAUACAAAUAACUUGUAUAAAAGAAUCUGUGAAAGCUUUAUAUUUUUGUUAUUAAAAAUGUUGC